CCCGGCAUUACAAAUAUCAAGCUAAGGCCUUCCCUUGUCGCUCCAACAAACACCAAAUAGGCAAGUAACCAGCUCUGCUAAAAAUAUUUGAAUAUCCCAAAUAUCGGAAGACAAGAUGGGGGCAGUCAAUAUCUGGAACGCCAUCGAAGUUGCAGAGAGCCAUACCUCUGACAUUCCGUCGUCUUCCCUCACCAUCGACCACUCCCUACCGCCUUCCGAUAUGAAGCCGCGGAUCGUAGAGCUGUGCAAGGACCUGUUCAAGAAGUGGUCUAAUUUGGACGAGUCUCACUUCUCUGUUGAGAGAGUUUCCGGUGGCAUAACAAAUCUAUUGCUAAAGGUUUCUGUUGUGGAAAAAAACGGGAAUAUUGUCAAUAUUACAGUAAGGUUGUAUGGUCCUAAUACUGAGUACGUCAUCAAUCGUGAAAGGGAACUACAGGCUAUCCCAUACCUUUCAGCAGCAGGAUUUGGUGCAAAGUUACUUGGAAUAUUUGCGAAUGGAAUGGUGCAGUCAUUUAUUGAUGCACGAACUCUGGCUCCACCUGACAUGAGAGAGCCAAAGCUAGCAGCUGAAAUUGCUAAACAACUUCGUAAGUUUCAUCAGGUGGAUAUACCAGGUUCUAAAGAACCUCAACUGUGGAAUGACAUCUUCAAAUUCUAUGGAAAAGCGUCAAACCUCAACUUUGAUGAUUUUGAGGAGCAGAAGAAGUAUGAAACAAUUUCAUUUAAAGAAAUAAUUAGUGAAAUCAUUGAGCUCAAGGAAUUGACUGGAUGUCUUGAUGCCCCAGUAGUCUAUGCUCAUAAUGACUUGCUUUCAGGAAAUUUGAUGCUUAAUGAUGAUGAAGAAAGACUCUACAUCAUUGAUUUUGAGUAUGGAUCAUAUAGUUACAGAGGUUUUGACAUUGGGAAUCACUUUAACGAAUAUGCUGGCUAUGAUUGUGACUACAGCUUGUGCCCAAACAAGGAUGAACAACAUCAUUUCUUCAGACACUAUUUAGACCCUGAAAGACCAGAGGAGGUAUCUGACAAAGAUUUGGAAGCUCUUUAUAUCGAGACAAAUAUGUACAUGUUAGCAUCACACUUGUAUUGGGCGUUAUGGGCUUUAAUCCAGGCAAAAAUGUCUCCAAUUGAUUUCGACUAUCUUGGUUAUUUUUUCUUGCGGUAUGGCGAGUUCAGAAGGCAGAAAGAAACCUGUUUCUCAUUGGCAAAAGCAUACUUGUCAAGAUCUCACACACGGUGAACCAUUGGUUUUACAAUUCUAGGUAUGCUGUGAUUCUUUUGUAUGUUGUGAAAGUCAUAGUAAAGCAGUAGAUCUCUCUUUGUUGUUGUUGUUGUUUGUCAGUUAGGACUUUAAAUAUUUCUUGUAGACUGGAAAACCAAUUGUGUUUUUCCAGAUAUUCGUAAUAAAAUUUUGUAGUAUUUCUUUUUCAUGCGU